AUGAGGCCUCUCAUCAUUCUCGUAACCCUUUCAUUCUUCUUUCCCCUCAUAUUUGCGGCAUACAAAAUCCCCCAACGGUCAGGGUUCACACUAACCUGGUCCGAUACGUUUUCCCAACCUGGCACUAUCUCCUCAGAAUGGCAGUAUGACAUCGGCACCUCCUACCCCAGUGGUCCCUCAAACUGGGGUACCGGCGAAGUGCAAAGAUACACCGCCGACGCCCGAAAUAUCUAUGUAUCCCCGAACAAACAACUCAACAUCGUUCCACUUCGGAACCCCAGGACCGGAGAAUGGACUUCCGCACGAAUAGAAACCGUAAGAGAUGGAUUUAAGUGUCAAGCUGGUGGAGAAAUGAUUAUAGAAUCAAGAAUACUUUUACCUAGAGGGGGCAAGCAAGAGGGUGUUUGGACGGCGUUUUGGGCUAUGGGGAGGAAGUUUCGUAGGAAUGGGAAUGAUGGUUGGCCGCAAACUGGAGAGUGGGAUAUUAUGGAGGCUGCUAAUGGGGAGAACACGAUACUGGGAACGGUACAUUGUGGUGUUUUCCCUGGUGGGCCUUGUAAUGAGCCGAAUGGCAUUGGCGGUACCACGAGUAUUGUGCGAGGCAUUUUCAAUACCUAUACGCUAAGGGUCGACCGAACUUACGGGGACUGGCGGAAUGAAUCUCUUACAUGGUCAGUGAAUGGUAUAGAGUACCAUAGGGUCAGUGGGUACGAUAUCGGAGAUAAUAAGACGUGGGCGAGUUUGGUGUACGAGCCAUUUUUCCUUAUCUUCAAUGUUGCUAUGGGAGGAGGGUUCCCUAAUGCUUGGGCGGGUAAAGAUACACCGACCGCGGAAACGACGUCGGGGUACGCCUCGAUAUUAUCUCUACUACACGAUGCUUGUCCCGCCAAUGAUUGGGUUAGUCUCGGUGACCCUUCUUGUGUUGGCAAGAAGGUGAUUGGGUAUAGUCUCGGUGACCCUUCUUGUGUUGGGAUUGGGUAUAGUGUUGUGCUGUUGGAAGUUUUAAAUAGGAAGACGAAUGCCUGUCAGCCCAAUUAG